AUGAAUCUUCCACGAAGCCAAUCGUCGGAUUUCAAUCCGAGCACUGCGCGGCUGAUGCUUGCCACCGAUGCGCCUUUAUUUGCUACCCAUCAUUUCCAGCAAUGCCUUGAUGUUAGGAACACUGAUGCGAUGAGGAUGAACGCCUUGUUUAUCGGGUCCAACUUCUCGUCUGCUUUUUCAAGUUGCCGUCGAACCUAUUUCAAGUCGGACACAUUCCAAGAUCAUGUGCCGGAUAAACCCAAGAUCAUGGACUGCUCGGAUGCCGCUACAUCCGCCAGAUGUCGACCGGAUAGCCUGCUUCGCGAUGCACUCGUUCCUAAUUUCCGGCCCGUUAUGCAAAUCAACAACUGUCCAGUCCAGUCCAGACGUGGAAGGUUCACGGCGGAUCUUACUGACCGUGAUCCUUGGCGUGCACACCGGCGUGGUGCCAGUCAGCGCACGCAACAUCGCGGCACCUGGAAUCCGUCUGGGCUAACAAAAGCCGUCGACACGGCCAUGUGUAUGACGUCUAAAAGAAUCGAUGUCAUGCCCUUCCAGAAACACGGUGGUGUAGGCAUUAUAGUCUCUAUGUGGUUCACCGAUAUCGACGAGACAUUGCAAGACAACUCUCAGCCAGGCAGGGCAUAG